AAGUGGAAGCGGAAGCGGAAGCGGGGCUGUGGCCGGGGCCGCCGGGGGAGAGCGGCGGGUGCUGCGAGCCGUUACCCGCCCGGGACGAGGCCCAGCUGAGCGCUGCCGCCGGCCGCGGCCGCCUCAGGGCGGGGGCCACGCGACGCGAGCAGCGACCUCCGCGCAGCGCCUCGGCGGGGGCCGGCCGGCCUCCACCUCCUCCUCCUCGCACAGGGGUGCGUAGGCCACCCCCGGCGGCAGCGCUAGCUGAUAAAAAGAACACAAUGAAUAGUGAAGAAGAAACGUGGGAGAAAUUGGAUGCAGAAUUCGAUCACUAUCUUGUAGAUAUGAAGCCAUAUGUUCUAAAAUUGCAACAUAAAUCAGAACGUCAAAGGUGUGCACUCUGGAUUAAAAAACUCUGUGAGCCCUCUGGAGCAGGUGCAGGAAUCGUGGGUAGGAAGAAUCGGAACUUGUAUGCAAAACUUUUGCUACAUAUGUUGAAACGGGGAGUACUGGAAGGUCCUUUUGUACAUAAACCAGAACCAGGAACGCUGAAAACCUUGCCUUCAUACAUGUCCAUAUAUUUUGAUGAGCCAAAUUCAGUGAGAGCACGGAGCAGUAGUCCAGAAGGUUUACCUGACUGGGUCAUGGGAGAAUUGGGAGCAAGUGACUCUAAACUGGAGGAACUGUGGAAAAUCUCCUCUAAAGAGGAUUCGACUUUGGUAGCAUCUCCACUUGCACACAGGGAAAGAUACAAAUACAAUGGAAAGCUACCAUUAAGGUCACAUUCUGCAAGUCCACCUCACCAAUCAGAUGAAGACAACAACGCCACUCAGAUGCCUGAAGAUCAUCACAAAAAAAACAUUUCUUUGGAUGAGAGUGACCUUGAAGCUCGCCUCAAUAGUUGGAAUCUUGGGCUAGAAAAUCCAAGGUAUUUGAGAGAGAAGCCAUUACCUUUGUCUCUGAUGACACCCAAAAUAGGCUUAGGAAAAAAUAGCUCUUUUCAUGAGGAACGGACAUUGGUUCGAAUGCAUGAAAAAGAGCUGGGAAUGAAAAUAAAAAUAAUGGAAGCUAAAUUUCAUGAAGAAAAACUUAAAUUACAGCAAAAACAUGAUGCUGAUGUUCAGAAGAUUCUGGAUAGAAAGAACAAUGAAAUUGAAGUACUGAAGACUUUUUACAAAACUAAACAGAAUGAAGCUGAAGAGACUAUUAGAAAGCUGGAGAAGAAAGUUCAGACCCUUGUUCGCGAGUCACAAGUUGUCAGAGAGGCGAAGGAAAAGCAGAUUGUGGAAUUAAAGAAGUUGUGUGAGCAAAGCACAGAUUCUUUGAACAACGAGUGGGAAAAAAGGCUUCACAAUGCUGUGGCAGAAAUGGAGAAGGAAAAGUUUGAUAUUCAGAAGAAACACACAGAAAAUAUCCAAGAACUGCUGGAGGACACAAAUGCACGUCUUAGUAAAAUGGAGGCAGAGUACUUAGCACAGAUAAAGGCAACUAACCAGAUGGUCAAAGAACUGGAGGCCCGUGUCCAGCAGCUGACCAUAGAGGCUGAAAAUAGUAAUUUACAGCGCCAGAAAUUAUAUCAAGAAAAGGCUGAUCUGGAACAGUGUUACCAGGCAGCAUGCACUGACCUGCAGGAAGUGAAGGCAAGGCGCAACUCACUUCAGAAAGAGAAGGAUCACAUUAUACAAGAUUAUGAGCAGAAUAUCCAACAACUACAAAGCAAAUAUGAUGCUGACAUAAAUUUUAUAAAACAGGAACACGCUCUGUCUGCAGCUAAGGCAUCUGAUGUGAUUGAAGAAUUAGAACACAGUGUGUCUCAAUUAAAACAACAGUUACAAGAAUCAGAACAUCAAAGGCAGCAACAGCUAAGGGAUCAAGAAAACAAGUUUCAACAGGAAAGACUUAAUUUGGAGAGAGUACACGAUAAAAAGGUUCAUGGUUUGCAGAAUGACCUUGAGAAAGAGAAAGGGGAUGCUCAAAAGAAAAUUCGCAAACUGGAAGAAGCUUUGAAGGAGAAGGAGGAGCAGCUGACUCGGGUGACAGAGGUACAGAGGCUGCAGGCCCAGCAGGCAGAUGCUGCCCUGGAGGAGUUUAAGCGGCAGGUGGAGCUGAACUCAGAAAAAGUCUACGCUGAAAUGAAACAGCAGAUGGAAAAAGUGGAAGCAGACCUAAGCAGAUCAAAAUCUCUCCGUGAAAAGCAGUGCAAAGAAUUCUCCUGGCAGCUGGAAGACCUCAGGCAAAGAUAUGAGCAACAGAUAGUAGAGCUGAAGCUGGAGCAUGAACAGGAGAAGACGCACCUAUUCCAGCAGCACAACACAGAGAAGGAUUGCCUGGUCCGAGAUCACGAACGGGAAAUUGGAAAACUGGAAAAACAGCUCCGCGCUGCCAUGACAGAGCACGAGAAUAAAACUCAAGAAUGCAGGAAACGAGAUGCACAGGUUAUCUGUGAGAUGGAUGCCCAAGUUCACAAGCUGAGAGAAGAGCUUAUUCAGGUAAAUGCUCAACGGAAGCAACAGCUGGUAGAACUUAGUCUUCUGCGGGAAGAAGAAAAGCAGAAGGCUGCUCGGGAUCAUGAAACUGCAGUGAAUAAGCUUAAAGCAGAGUCAGAAAAGAUGACAUUAGACUUGAAACGAACACAUGCUGCAGAAACAGAGAUGACGUUGGAAAAGGCCAACAGCAGGUUGAAGCAGAUUGAAAAGGAAUACAGUCAAAAGUUGGCCAAAUCUUCGCAGAUCAUAGCUGAACUUAAGACAACCAUUUCCUCUCUGACAGAGGAGAACAGCCGGCAGCAGCUUGCUUCAGAAAGGCGGCUCCAAGAUGCUGUACAAAAGUUUGAAGAUGAGAAGCAGCAGCUGAUUAGAGAUAAUGACAGAGCAAUCAAGGUUUUACAAGAUGGGAUGGAAAACUAUUGCAGUCAGGUACGGUCUGCAGAAAAGAAGAUGCAGCACAGGGAGUUGGAGACGCAGGAACAGAUGACCUAUAUUCGACAAGAAUAUGAAACCAAACUCAAAGGUCUAAUGCCAGUGUCUUUGAGACAGGAACUCGAAGAUACCAUUGCGUCUUUAAAAUCUCAGGUAAACUUUCUGCAGAAGAGAGCAUCUGUCCUACAGGAAGAACUGAAUUCCUACCAUACCAGAAGGUAAUUGCUGGAGCAGAUGACUCUGUUCAAGUGUCAAAUGGACUUCUUUCAGCAGGUUUGAAGAUUUGGAUCUUGUAAAUUAAAGAGUGAGAUCAGUGGCUGUUUUGUUAGCACAGAAAAUGCAAUUAAGUUCAUGAAAGCCCAUCCAUUGUUCAUGCCAGCAUUUUUGAGUUGUAUCUUACUUGAAUUUUUUUUAUCAUUAUUACAAAUUUAAACUUUUGAUAUAUUGCGUGUGUUUGUGUGAGUGCUGACUAUACUUACUGAAAAAACUAAAAUCCCUCUGCGAAUAUGUGUUUUAUUACUUCCGAAUGUCAUUUUUAUUCACUUUUACACAUGAAGAAAUCACGUUCCAAUUAUUAUUGUUGCCCCAAAUAUUUUAACAUAUUUCACAUUGUUUUCUGGUCAUGUGUUUACAUAAUAUUAAAAUAUUCUUUUGUA